UCCCGGUUUAAUUUUUAUUUUUUUCUUUUCAUUCAAGUGUCCACGUUGUUAAGAUUUUAGCAAAAUCUCGACUAUUUGUUAUAGCUCCGACUACCAGUGCUGUGAGGAAGCACACGGGGGUAGCUCGUUACUAAACAUAGGAGAAUUUCAACUUUGGUACUUGAUAGAUUCAUAGUUUUACAUUGAAAUAUUUAUAAUUGUAUAUAUAUGUGUUAUUUAAAAAAAUAGUUUUCCAGUAGUUGAUAGUUCAUAGUCGAAAUCCAGUGGAGCCUGAUUUUUUCCCCCUCAUUUCACUGCUGAACAAUGAUAUAAAAACGAAAAGACAGUCGUUUGAUUUCAAGUAUGGCAGAGCCGUUUUGAUUUUAGUGUCUUCGCAUUAUUAAUUAAGAAAUUUACAUAGAACGAAAAGUAAAAAGAAAGAAAAAAGCCUUGACCAUAAUUAACUACCAUUUUGGAACAACCCUAUUAAAGUUACUGGCACUCAUUGAAAAUGAUCGCAGACAGUCCAGUAAUGGCGAGUGUCUGCAAUACAGUCCAGAACAUGCCAGAAUUUUAUUCUUGUCCUCAAGAUUAUUUUGAUUAUGAGGAAGACCUGAACUCUGCACUUGGUGAUGAAUCCCUGUCUUUUGUUGAGGAAAAUAACGUACGAGAAAUUGAAGGACUGGAUAGUCUAUUUAGUCUGGGUGUCUCAGAUACAGAGCGAUUGUGUGAUAAUUUACUAGAAGAUUCCGAUUUACAGUAUGUACUGACGAGCUAUCAAUACGAAAUGAAUACAGAGCCAUUAGUAAGCGUCAGCUUUGAUUGGGAUGAUGAAUCCAUAUCUUCUUCACAGACGACCUCAUUAGCAGAUUCUGCGGAGUUUGAUAUGGUAGAUGUCUGUGAUACUAACAUGCGUACCACCUCUGAACAGCUGGAAUUUAUUCAUAAAAAAUGUUUACCGAAUGGCAGAUGUCGAUGGCACCAACUGACACCGAGUGAACAAACAUCUGUGAUAAUGGUUUUGAGUAAUUUGAUUCUUGAGCUUGGACCAAGGGAACGAGUUGAAGUACUAAAAUUGCUAAACCCCAAUAGAAAACUUUCUCAUUUCAACAUGGAUUCUCUUGUAGACCCAAGCUGGGUAACCGAGAAAAACAUCAAGUUAGUUCUGGAUUAUUUGAAAAGUCCAAAAGCAAACCUGAGCUCAUUUAACGAAUACAAAGAGUCACAGAAACCUGUUCAACGGAGAAAUAGGAAGAAACCUCAGAAGAGAAAAGCCAGCAAACCUGAAGAUCAAACAGAGAAAAGGGUUGUACAGGCAGUGAAGGAGAAAAAAAGUGGAUUUUUCCAGAAAGAAAUUGUUGUGUCAUUGUCUCUGCAUGAAGCAUCGGAUGAAGAAGUGGACAUUGAUAUUAUUGGAUGACAACGGGGCAGAUAGUGACUAAUUUAUAACCACUGUCACUAAGACUAAUAGCAAAGACAUAGCCCCCACUCCCAAAAUAAAGCUCUGUAAAUA